AUGCACAACAGAUUCCCAUCACUCAAUAAUAUUCAAAACUAGCAAUCUUCUGAUAGUGUUUAGAGAUUUAAAUCCACCUCUGAAUCGAAGGCAUAAUUGAAGACUAUCAUUCCUGUUCCUUAGGAUAACGAAAGCAGUUUCAAAUCAUAUACUUUAUCUUAAACUUUAAAACUAAGGAAGAUUGUUCAACCUGAAAAUGAACUCGAAAAGAGCAUGAGUAAAUCAUUCAUACCAGUCAAUCCUUAAGAAGCUAAGGGGACUAUUAUGAGAACUAUACAGUAUGAUAAUUUAAACAUUGAAACUUCUAAGCAGACUAUCCUUGAAGAGGCUUUGAAUCAGACCUAAUAAUCUUCUUCUUCACUCUAAAAAAAUGCUUUCAAAAGAACAAGUCCAAGUCCAGAGCAUAUAGGCAAGAAUUAAGCUACCUUAAAUGGGUCAAAUAAAUUUCAAACCCAUCUCAAAUCUGAAAUUGAGCAACCAAGAUUGAAUAUUCUACAUAACUUCAAGGAAAUAAGCAGAAUAAUGACAAAUAACUUCCUAAAAUACAAGGAUCUUGAAAAGAAAUACCAAAAGUAAUCUAUGCCAAAAGAAGAAAUGAUGCAAAAGCGCCUUGAUGAUGAUGUUACACAAAAGAUGACAGUGAUAAUGAAAUAAAUGAAUUCACCCAGAAAUUUCUAGUCACCAGGUCGUAGAGGAUAAAGCUAAAGUAAUUCGCUAGUAAGAGUUGUGCAAUCUCCACUUGAUAUAAGUUCAACUCAAGGAUCUAAAGCUUAGAUUUAUGGAUAAAUUCGAUAGUAAAGCUCAAUGGGCUAUAGCUCACAUUCUCCUGAUUUCAGCAAUAUUUAAGUUAAACUCCCGCUUCUUAAUAUGAGGUUUACUACAGAUAAAGAAGAGAAAUGA